AUGGCGUCCAGUGUGGCGGAAAGUUUACCUGACUUAAAUCAACUGUUUAGGGACAUAUCUUUGAAGUUUUAUCCAGCCGAAUCGGAAGAUGUCGUGCAAUAUUUGAAGAGGAUUUACGGAGAGCAAUUUAAAUCGCUGGGAAAUCAAGAUUUGCUGUCAUGUUUGGAUCGUUUGUAUGAGUUCGGUUAUGUUUCGAGUUCGAACCUGACACUGCUCGGCGAGUUUGUCGCCUCAAAAUCAAUCAACCAAAAUGUAAUUAACAAAAGGAUUGAAAACUUCAAGGCUUCUCGACCAUCAGAGAUUAAAACAGACAUUGAAUUGCAAGGAAGAAGAACUGAAAUUCAGGAAAUAAUGAAAAGCCUCGACAGUAAGCAAAAUGCUGUUGUCAAUUUGUAUGGAGCCACUGGAAUAGGAAAGACUACUCUUGCCAAGAAAAUUUAUGCAAAGUGGAUGGGAAAGAAACAUGUCUUUGACUUGAGAGAAAAUAAAGACAUGGGAGAAGUUUAUGUUAACAUUAUGGGUACGCUAAAGCUAAGUGUGCCUGAACGUGUUCUACCAAUGGUCUAUGUUGUUGGAAGAAUUCGCAAGUAUAUCGAAAACGAGAGCGACGGUCAGCCUGUACUCUUUCUUCUUGAUAAUGUCGAGCAGCUCACUGAAAGAAAGGGGAACGAGGGCAAGAACUUAAGGAUACAGUUCAUUCAAUUUCUAAACGAGCUUUCAGGAUAUGAGUACAAGAAAGGAUCAUUAAACAUGCUUCUGACCUCGAGGUUUGCGAUAAAAGUUAAAGAAACCGUGACUGACUAUGAAUUACAACCUCUUGAAAAUUUUUUUUCUGAAAAAAUUUUGCUCCCUGGGAAAACCUCAAGUGUUAAUACUUGGCAGAGAGAGAAGCUUCUCGGGAUCUGUAAAGGAGUUCCAUUGCUCUUAAAAGGAACAGCUGCAAUUUUGAGACAAAGACGAAAAUCACCCAAUGAUUUGAUUAGAGUAACAGAGACUAGUUCUCAAAAGGAAACCCAAACUCCUUCCAACCCUAACUUGACAGAGAACAAGGAAGAAAAACCUCUCGAUUUUAAAGAAGAAGGAGUUGAUGAAAGUCAGAUGUCAGUAAUCCGAGAAAUGUUCAACACUCUCCCGUCUGAUAGUUUGAGAAUGUCUGCUGUAUCACUGUCUUUGUUCCAUGCACCCUUUCCUGCAACCACAGCAGCCAAAGUUCUUGGGAUGAGAAUACCAGAAGCUAUAGCGCAGCUUGAAGGACUGACAACUAGUGAAAUCAUUCAACAUGUGCUUGAUGGAGAGGAUAAGCAGAUGAUGUAUGACAUUCAUCCGCUUUUAAAGAAGUAUGCUGAGAGCAUUGCCAAUGAAGCAAAGUUCUGUGAAUCUUACACUAAAGCAGAGAAGCGAUUUUAUGAGCACUUUUUGUCAGAGAUGAAAAGAAUUGCAGGAUUCAUAGAGUCUGAUUACGUUAAAGCAUUCUUUGAGUUUGAAAGAGAUCGCCAAAACUACGAGUUUACAAUUGACAGCACUUUGUUACCAGAGUACUUCAGUGUCCCAGGUGGAUACCAAGAAAAGGCAUUAGUUGUAUCUCUUUUCAAUGCCAUGUUGACUGGGGACAAACAGAGUAAGUUGUUCCAUUCCUGGGCGGAGGUGUGCAGAGAUGAUGGAAACUUAGGUAAGCCAUUUGCCUCUCCGUGUAGCAACCAUUAACGUCUUAAUACAGUUUCUACAAUUGAUGUUGCCACCUCCGUUGAACCGCGUUAAUUGUGAACGCCUUGUGUGCAUAAGAGUUGUGUUAAAAAAUGUCUUGAAAUAAACAACCAGUGGUGAAAUUGAGAUUAAAAGAAAGAGAAAAAGGGGAAAAAAUGAAGGACUGCUAGAAGUUCUACUUGAGAUAUACUUGCCAUAUAAUAACUGUUACAAAUUUUUCUUCUUUCAUUUGCUUCCAGGUUCUCUAUUUCGAGCUCAGCUACGAUGUUGGGAGGCUAGGCUGGUGUCAGAAACUCAAGGCCCUCUUGAUGGGUUUGAAGUACUGCAGAAGGCAUCCUUGUCAUUAGAACAAGUUCAGGAUCAAUCUUGCAAAUAUUUUGAACAGACUAAAAGGCUUUUCUUGUAUGUUGAGGGAGAAAUCUGUUAUCAAAACAGAGACUAUAAGAAAGCAAUUAAAUGCCUUGAGUCUUCUUUGGACCUUGUGGAGCAUCCGUCGAAACCUGACACCAAUCUUGCCCGGUGUUAUAAUGCUCUAGGUAAUUGUUACUAUGGAGUUAACAACGUAGAGAAAGCCCUUGAAUUCUACACUGAGGCGCUGAAGGUGCGAGAGCAAUUGUCUGGUUCUGAAUAUCACUAUGACAUGCCAGUAUACAAGAAUCAAAUUGGCACAGUUUACGAAGCAAAAGGAGAGUAUGAAGAAGCAGUCAAAUGGUACAAAGAGGCGUUAAGGCUUUUGGAGGAUCUGAAAAUCUCAGGAUACGAAGAUGAAGCACUUUUCUGUAGAAAUCUUGCUAAUGUUUUGAUGCGUCAGGAAAAGUACCAUAAAGCCGUCGAGCCGGCAGAAAAGGCAUACAACAUCAGACAAAAGAGGCUUGGAACACAUCCAGAUACCGUACGAAGCAUUUUUCAACUAGGGGUCCUUCAAGCAAACUUACGGGCUUAUCACAAAGCCUUGGACCAUUUCUUAACAGCUUGGAAAAUGGAGAAAUCGUUAGUUGCAGGGAACCAUAGUGAAGUUUGGAGACUAAUUAUUAAAGGCGUUUUUGACAUGUAUGAUGUUUUGAAGAUCAAAGAAGUUGACAAAGAGAAAUUCAGGCAAGAAGCGUUGGAGUUUUGUCAACAUUUUUGGAAAGGCGAAUUAAUGUCUUCACACUUCAGCUUUACUGCGUUCAAUAAAGGAAUCAUCGAUUGUAUUCUGGAUCUACUUAGUGACAUGGAAGAAGAGAGUGAUUUAAGAGAUGAGUACAAGAACUUAGCUCUUUGGUUCGAUGAAGGCAUGCAGAAAGAGGAGGAUGAUGUAAUUAAUCCACUAACCAAACAGGUAUUAUAGGUACAGUCUGAAAGAUGGAGUGUAAUCACAUAUGUAAAGUGUUGCUGUUGUUAUCACUGCUAUUUACUAGGAAAAGUGAUAAGCCUGUUAAAAUUACAAGCACAUCACCAAAAACAAACCCCUGUUUGUAAUAUGAAACACGUUUUCAUGACAGGCUUAGACCAUUCAGGAAUUUGGGUCCUUUCUGCUUAGGUAAAAUUUUUUUACCUAAAUCACAGUAGUAGCUGAAAGAGGAACCACACUAAAAAGAAGACAAGCCUUACGAAGGUGUUAUAAGCCGGAUUAAUCCUGACACGUUUUAGCGGUAAAUUUUCCUGAUUAAGGUGUACGAGUUUUCUUAAAAGUCUGAUAUGUAAUACAAUAAAACAGUGGGACAGGGCUACUCUUUCUUAAUUUGCUGUUAUAUAAUUUUUUUGUGGCUAUAGCGGUUUCAUGCUGGCUUGGUUAAAAAAUAUACAUCACCGGAAUUUUCAGUUUUAAAAUGCCUUUAUCUUAGUUGACAUUGUUUUGGUAAAGGAUUACAUAAAUAAAUUUGUUAGAGAGAAGUAAAUACUUCAAAGGUUUAUUCGUUAGACACAGGCAAAUUAAUGCCCCAGUGUAUUUGUUAGACACAAACAAAUUAAUGCCCCAGUGUAUUUGUUAGACAGAGGCAAAUUAAUGCCCCAGUGUUGUUGUUAGACACAGGCAAAUUAAUGCCCCAGUGUAUUUGUAAGACACAGGCAAAUUAAUGCCCCAGUGUGUUUGCUAAACCCAGGCAAAUUAAUGCCCCAGUGUAUUUUGUUAAACACAGGCAAAUUAAUGCACCUAUCAAUGUAAAUCCCGUGAGGGGGGAGUGCGGGCAAGGGGCAGGGAUUUGAUGCCUGAGACUAUCCCCCCUGUUGGGCUUUUGAUCGUGCAAAGCGACCCCGGGGUCGGGACAUUUGACUUUGCCCGGCAGAAGCCUGGUACCAAUUCAGAAGUGGUUGCCAAGUCUGUCCCUCGAGGCUUUCUUAAAGUCACGCUGUUGGAGAAAGGUGUGAAGUUUUCAUUUGUUUUAAUCGCCAUAAUCCGACAGUCAUCUAAACAGAUAAUGUCUAUUUUGAGAAAGUUUUUAUCUUCAAGUGCCCAUCUGAAUGUAAAACUCCAUUGAAAUCGAAUUCCACCAUGAAAUUCAGAGCAUUUUUAACGGCUCACUGAUCCGACCUGUUCCAACAUGUUGAGCAGAUGUUAUAAAACAUUGUACGUUUCAUUAACAUUAUAAUAGCCCGGUCAGUCUUCCUGGAGGGAUUUUGUCGUUCAAAAUAAGAGAUGCUAGUGGAGAGAGAAAAUACUUAAUUACAGCGAGUAAUUUAAGGGAGCUUAUGUUAACCUUUAACUAAAUAAAAGUAGUAAGAACGUACUUUUGAAAUGUUCUUUUAUUCGUUUUUUAAGUAUUAUAGCAAUGUUUGCUAAGAUUUUUUCCCCUGGGGUGGGGCUUUUUUGACACUUUUGAUUGACCUUUCGUUUCCCGCCCUGGGGAAUUUGAUCAAAAAAUUUUAAAAUUUGUCAAAUCCCCACCCCUUGCCCGCACUCCCCCCCCCCCCCCCCCGGGGUUACCUUUUUAAGGUGCUUUUUUCCCCCACUGGAGAUUGGGAUUUGUUUUUUUUUCCUGGUUCCAUUCCCCCCCCCCUCUUUUUUUUUUCGUUUUUUUCUUUUUUUUUUUUUUUUUUUUUUGACACUUUUUACCACUUUUUUCUUUAAAAAAAAAAAACACCCCUUUUCUUUUUUCCAAACCCCCCCCCUUUCCCCCCCCCCCCCCCCCCCCCCAACGGGGUUUACAUUGAUAGGCGCAUAAUGCCCCAGUGUAUUUUGUUAAACACAGGCAAAUUAAUGCCCCAGUGUGUUUUGUCAAACACAGGCAAAUUAAUGCCCCAGUGUAUUUAUUAGACACAGGCAAAUUAAUGCCCCAGUGUAUUUGUUAAACACAGACAAAUUAAUGCCCCAGUGUAUUUUGUUAAACACACGCAAAUUAAUGCCCCAGUGUAUUUUGUUAAACACAGGCAAAUUAAUGCCCCAGUGUAUUUUGUUAACCACAGGCAAAUUAAUGCCCCAGUGUAUUUAUUAGUCACAGGCAAAUUAAUGCCCCAGUGUAUUUUGUUAAACACAGGCAAAUUAAUGCCCCAGCGUAUUUGUUAGACACAGCUGGCAAAUUAAUGCCUCAGUGUAUUUUGUUAAACACAGGCAAAUUAAUGCCCCAGUGUAUUUAUAAGAUACAGGGAAAUUAAUGCCCCAGUGUAUUAUGUUAGACACCUUAACGCCUUGGGCAAAUGCCUGCUGUUAAUUCCUGAACUGGCCUAAGCCUCUCAUAUGUUGUCUGCCUUAAUGUGCAUAACUCGGACAUUAACCCCUCCUUAUCAUUUUUUUAGAGUUCGAGGGAGACAAGACAACCAGGCGAUACGCUGCGAACGAGAGGUACAUUUCCAUUUCGAUGUGUGAAGCUUUAAAAUCUUAUAUCUUAUAUCUUACCGCUUUUUUGGCCCUAGUUGUUGUCCUCGUUACCCCCAUUGACGUGAUGAGUAUUUUCAUCAGAGUCAAUAUCAACGUUAUAUUUUAUUAUUAUUGUAGCCUGUUCCAAGCGUUCAGAUAGUAGAGCGCGGAUGUUAAAAGUGGGGAGCAAAUUAUAAGUUGUUCACCACUCGUUUUUUUUUCUCUUCGUGAAUUUUUCUCCCACGCUCUACUAUUCAAACGCCUGGAACAGGUUAUUUUCAUUGUCAUCAUCAUCUCCACCUUUACUCAUAAUCUUCAUCACCAUGUCGUUCCCAACCUCCACAACCAUCGUUACAAUACUUGUCCUUUUUUUCGAUUUAAACCCUCAUUGUUACUCUUUAGUAUCAACAUUAACUAAUUGUCAGUCACCUUAGUAGGCUCCAGCUGUCUCUUGGCAUUCAAUAUUAAUUUUUUGGAGUAAUUUGAUAAAAUUACUUUCAAAGGCUUCCUUUUCUUAGAAAUAACGUCACAAUGUUCAAAACUCAAGGGGAUCCACCACAGGAGCCACCAUGCAGCUGCAAGGGAGUGGUUUCGCUGCAAAAUUGUGAUUAUUUUGACGUUAUUUUUAUAGUCGAUGAGAGUGUAGACCAUGGACAAUUGUUGUCGAUUUUUUUCUUUUACAAUAAUGUUGACGUUUAAUUUAAGUUUAUUAGAAAAACGCGCACGCACGAAAGAGCAAACCAAAGUGCACCGCCAUCACGUCAGUUCUAUACUCUCGUAGACUCGACCAUUCAUUAUGCGAGAAAUUGCUGAGUUAUUUGCAAACAUUGAAUCUUAAGUUCUUCGAACCAUGUUUAAAUAGAAAAGACGCCAUUUGUUCAAGAAAAAUCCUCUUUUACUGGAAAAGAGAAAGACGAGAUUGAAGUAGAAGCUGAAGACGACGUUGUUGAGGCAUCCGUGCUAGCCACUCCCCAAGUAGAUUCCCAAGAAAAAACGGGCGAAGGUUCUGAAGUGUUAGCUAAGACAGUAGAUGAAGAGGGGCUUAAAGCAGAGUCCCAAAUAACGAUUCAAGGUAGAACGGAAGAAGAGUUUGAACAUGAAACUGAAUCUGAGGGAGAUCUUGAAUCCGAAGGAAUGAUGGAAGAAGAACCAGAAGACGACGUUAAAAACAUACGCUCUGUUAUCUUCAGGUAAGAAAAUAAGUGGCAUCGAAAGCACAGACACUAAAAACACUAAAACCUUACCUUGUAUGAAUUUAGAAAUCUUUGGAACCAAGGAAGCUGGUUUUGUGACAGGAGCUGGACUGAAGAGUGUCCUUUGGCUGGUUCACACGAGCGGCACAAAAGCAAACGUCCAACAUAAACAAAAAGAACAUACCCACACGUUGCAUUGUUUUAAGAAGGGUCGUAUUAUAAGCACAACACUUGCGGAAGCGCUGGCCGUCCCAAGAAAUGGAAAAUUGCCUACUUGUAGUUACAUUAAGAUACUUUCCAAGUCUGUUCCCCUGGGCUUACGUUUUCAUGUGCGCCAGUCGUGUGAACCAACCUUUAGAGCUGAGAGUUUCAAAUCAAGAGCCAUAAUGGCUCUUGUUUCAAAUACAUCAACUUCAUGGUUUUGCUUUGAAGGCGAUGGUCGAUAAAACUGUAUACUCUCAACGUGAAGCAGCAUAUUUCACACCCUGGGACUUGAUAGGCAAGUUUUUAUCCUUAAAAAGAAGGCAGACAAAAAACUGUCCGAAACCAUUCGUCAAGGGGUUAGUAUAUUGCCCCCUCUUUUUUGGGAAUAAGAAAUCGUGAACGAGUCCGCCGCCAUACCCCUAACUUAAAACUAAUUUUCCCAAUACAUUCCUCUUCAACCAUCGUCACCCAUUGUUCUGAAGACAAAAAGGAAGACUAAGAAGAAAGAAAACAACAACAUUUAUUGAAAUUCGUCUGAUUGUAGAGGAGAAGUAACAAGUGAGGGUACCAACUGGGCCGUCAAAGAAGGGGGUGUUCACCUGAUGUUUCCUCCUGAUGCUGUGUCUGAACUUACUCCAAUAAUGGUCCAAAGAUGGAAAUACAGUCACCGUUCUCCCCCACUUCACGAGUAUGAGGCCAUUACUAGCAAUGUUAUUGAACUGUGCCCCAUGGUAGGCCAAGGCCUAAAAUUUAACACCAAGGUGAAGCUGUCACUAUCCCACAGCACAACAAGCCUGUGGGGCUAUGAGCUGGUGAUAAAAAGGCUGAUUGACAAGGAGACGAAUAAAUGGGAGGAAAUGGAUGGAACUACGGACGUUCGUUACCAUCAAGGUAGAGGAAAUCCCUUUUUAGAGUAGAAUAAUGUGCGGAUUAUAGGUUGGCCUGAUGAAAACUUUAUAGCAGAGUGGGGUGUACGCAGUCAGUAUGCUCUGUGCAGAUUUUUUGAUUCCAGUUUAUCCUUGAGUCGAGCAUGGCUCCUUUGUUUUCCAUCAAUUCACGGUACUUUUCAAAAAAGUUAUUUUAACUCUAAAAGUGGAGUGAAAAUAUUAGGUAUAGGAUAAUUCCUUUUUCUUUUUGAAGGAGGUCAAUAUAAUUUACGGGGUAUUGAGGAGUUAAUUUAACUUCACCUGAUGAGGCAAUGUUUGUAACUCUUUAAAAAACAGCGUGAUUGUACCUUAUAGGCGAAUCUUUGUUUACACUUUUUUCCUCAUUAACAUAUGCUUACCACUAUCUGAUGACGCUAAUAAAAUUAAAAAUCUGAAUAUUUAAAGGGCAUAUCAGUUUCAGUUAUCUCUGAAAAUUUGAGCCCAAUACACCAAACGGUUUCGGAAAAAUUCUCCUCUAAAACCUCGAAAAUUUACAAAGAAUGUAUGGCUCAUUAACGUUUCUGCCACACAGCAAUUCCGCAGUUUUUGAUGGCUGAUAUUUCCUUCAAUAUUGCUUGCAAAGAGCUGAAAAUUGUACAAAUUGCUCAACUUAAACAGCUGUUUCAACUUUUUCAUUUAGUUCGUAAUUAUAUACCGCCACGGCUUCUAUGACUUAAGUGGUAUGCUAAUGUUGAAAAAUGUAAUCAAUGACGUCAGCGCAAAGAUUCGCCUUUAAUACUAAAAAAACAAAGAAGUUUAACAUUGAAGUAGGUGUACGUCACGGCGUAGACAAGGGGGUGAAGUAGUUUUGAACUCAGUGCCGUUUUCAAUUUGAAGCUGGGUUAGGUGAGCCUGGUUUGUUAUAAUAUUAUCUGUCACUUUUCCAUAGAAAAGGAAACGAGCUAAGUGAAUAUAUGUAAUUUUUUUUUAACAGAAAACGAAGACGAUUACCCUUUCCACAUGGAAAUACCGGACUUUUUCUUUCCUAUUGCUCAAGCUGACAUCACUGAGUGCUCAGCAUACGCAGUUGUUUGUCGUCUGAAGGCUUCUCCAACUUACACCAUCACAUCCAAAGGCGGCUCAUUCAGCCAUCCUGACUAUCCAGGCGUGACAGUUACAAUCCCUGAGAAUGCUGUUGCACCUACAGAAAAGUUUCCUGUGGAGUUAAAGGUAGGUGUGAUUUCAUAUGUCCGUCGAAGUAGUUCUUAAGCUGAGCCCGGUUGACCAGGCUUUUGCACAAAAUCCUUGGUAAAAAUAUGAGAGGGCGUAGUCCACCUUGGUUAACCGAGAAAAAACACUUUUUGUUAAAAAUUGUGACCACAAAUUCAUGACGGUCUGAUUUUUGGAUAGUGUGUAAGAAACAAUGAAAGAAUGCGGAGUUUUUAAACUUUCGUACACUAUACGCCUCUAUGCGCCUCUCGCUCAUUAGCAGAGCAGGUCAAAACAUGCGUAUUUAGUGAGACUUUGCAUCUGAGUAGUGUUUUCACGUUAUUGAAAAAACUGGACGUUAUUUUCACAGUGGGAAUCGUAACAAACAACUUGUGAUUAUCAUUUCUAAUGGAACAGGUGCAAGAAGUUUCAAAUGAAGAAUUUGAAGGGGAAAGUAUUAUUAUUGGGCCUGUGUUGCGAAUCACUCGGGCUGUCCAGUUCUUGAGGCUUGUCACCAUUCAACUGCCAAUUUCUCUUCGAGGGCAAGAAGUCUUCAAUCCAGAUCCCACAGUCUAUAGGGUCAGAGUGUUGUUCCUGAAGACCGAGGAUGAAAUGAAGAAAUGGAUUGAAAUCACUGGUGAUCUUCCGGAACCCCCAAGUUUUGAUGGAAAGUUCGUAAGGUUUCAGGUUGAUCGAUUUUGUCGGUAAGAACUGAAGCAUUUUUUUGUUUGUUUUGUGUGUGCGUAUGUUUUUUUUUGCUUCCAUUCUCUAAGAAGAUUGACGGUGAGGUAAAGUUAUGAAUUAUUUAUGUUAUAUUUUAACCAUGCAUUCAGUAACGGCAAAGGAAUUUACCAAAAUGUAUUAUGCACUUGUACAGUUGUUGUUGUCUUUGCCGUCUCCGUCAUUUUGUUAAAUGACCUGCCUUAGAGAAACCAUAUUAGAACACCGCAAUCAGAAACAGAUCCUACAAGGCUCAAAGAAUGUGUCUUGUGGUGCUUGGAACCGCACAGAAGACUAAGAAGAGUGGGAACAGCAAGUGAUGCCUAUAAGUUGUUUGAUGACUAGAUAGGAAACUUCUAAGCCGUUUAGUAGGCGAACGGUGAUACCAUGGCACCUCAGUUUAAUUACAAGGAAUCCAUGAAGUGCUGAGCUAAUAUGACUUAGUGUAGCCUGGAAGAAUGACUUCUAUAGCCGUGGGCUUGUUUCUGGAUGAUGCUUAACUUUUGUAUAUAGGAGGGUGCCAUUGUAAGAGUACUUUUCCGGAUAGAAACACGAACUGAAUUGCAUUUAGACUGUUCAGUUAUGGUCAGAAGUUAACCAAACCCUUUAAAAUUCUUUUGUCAAAUUUCCUUCGUCUAGAUAUUCGUAUUUCCUUGAUGGUCUUCAAGAAAACUCCAGUGCUGAAAGACUGGGAAUUACGAGUUUUCUUUCCCGCUUCAUUUGGAAUCAGCCGAAACCGGCCAUCUUCGUCGCCUACUUUUGUCGGGAUUUUCCAGACAUUUUAUACCUUAUAUGCUGCCCCCCUCACUUGAAAAGAAAGGUGAUGGAUGAGCUUGAAGACAAGGGCAUAACGCCAUAUGACGGAGCUUCGAAGAAAAAUAUGAUACCAGGGGAGGACAAGGCAUUCGUAUCAGUAUCAGAAGGAAUACGCCCAUACAAAAAGAAGGACAUUGGCCAAGUCUUUCUCAAGUAA